AUGCCGUCCAAAGUUCCCAAGACGGCUGCUACGCCUGUCAAGGGCAAGGCAACAUCAAAGUCCACAGCACCAACAACACCAUCAAACACCGAGCCAAAUUCCAAGCGUAGGCGACAGCAACCCAUUAGCAACGCCGGGACCGCUCAGGCUUCAUCCUCAUCAUCGAGUACCCCUGCCGCCCGCAAGAUCGUCUCCCAGAACCGCCUAUUUGCACCCUUUCGUGCGCUCGGCUUGAUCAGCAACGAUGUUCCCUUCGCACUGCAGACACGCUUUGGUGGCAAGGAUGCGACUACACCGGACGUCAACGUCAUCACAUGUCUUGGUGACAGCUGGGCUAUGUGGGAUGCAGAGCGAAUGACUCUCCUCUUCGUCUCAGCUUCUCUUCCUGCACCCAUCUCCUCUCUCGUAGUUUCGCUUAGCCCAGAUGCCGUACUUGCCGCAUCAGGCUCCAAGGUGUAUCGCUUCCGACGUGGAAAGGUUGAUGCUGUUUACGACACGGUUGACCACAUCAUGUCCCGCUUCAACAAGCCCAACGGUUUACAAGAUGAGGACAGAGACGACUCAGACUCGGACUCGGAUUCAGACGCCUCGUCCAGCAACCUCGAGCUUCAGCAAAAGGAGGAAGGCACCCAGCUUUCGUCUUUGAUCGUCUUUGGUGACACCAUCGUCGCCUUGUCCUCAGACGGCCGAAGUGUCUUUGUCUGGUCCAUCGCCAACACCGAGCUCAUCCGCCGCAUCGAUUUUCCAGACAACUUUGUCGCCAGCUCACUCUUGCAUCCCGCCACUUAUCUCAACAAGAUCCUCAUCGGCUCGACUGACGGUCAGCUUGCGCUCUGGAACAUUCGAACCGGCUCUCUUGUUCACACUUACGACUCACAGCAGCUUCGCACUGCUGCAGCGCGUCCCAACGCCGCUGCUCCAUCAGCAGCUAUUGUCAACCUCACCCAGUCUCCUGCAGUCGAUGUUAUCGCAGUCGGCUUCGCAGAUGGACAUGUUCUCCUUCACGACAUUCGACUCGACGAGAGCUUGUUCUCUUUACAUGCCAACGGCGGUCUCUCUUUAGGCUCUGUCUCUUUCCGCUCUGAUGGCAAGCAACACUCGGUCGCCAUUGCCACCAACUCGGGCAACAUCAGCAUCUUCGAUCUAGAACCCGCUUCUGGCACUGGGCCUAGCUCGGCGAACAACGGCCCUCGUCUGACUUACUCGAUCCAAGAUGCUCACGACGGCGCUGUAGGAAGCAUCGAUUUCGUUCCAGGGCAGCCUCUGCUCAUCUCGUCCGGAGGCGACAACAGCUGCAAGCAAUGGUUCUUCGAGUCCGCCUCCAUGCCACCACGUCUGCUCAAGGGCCGAUCGGGUCACCACCAGCCCCCACAUUUGAUUCGAUACUACGGCGAGCAAGGCAAAGAGAUCCUCUCAGCUGGUCGUGAUCGUUCCAUCCGUAACAUCUCUGUAGUCCGCGACUCGCGCUCUCACGAACUCAGCCAAGGUGAAUUGCAAAAGCGAAGCAACCAGCUGUCCAUCUCUGUCUCAUCCCUCAAACUUCCCGCCGCUAGCUCGCUUUCCUUCAGCUUGACCCGCAGCCGUGACUGGGACGAUGUGCUUACAACACAUCAAGGCCGACAAUUCGGCAACACCUGGACAGUUCGAGACAAGCGCAUGGGUAAGAAGCCUCUUCCAGCAUCCGCUGAUCGCAAGAUCCUCGCCGAGGCCAGAACAAGCUGCGUCAGCGCCUGUGGUAACUUUGGUCUCAUUGGUAACUCGGAAGGUCUGGUAGAGAUGUACAAUAUGCAGUCUUACGUGCACAGGAGGACGUUUGACACUCGUCCACUCGACCCGAUGGGUCCAGCCAAGGCGAAAGAGUUGCCUGCUGGAUCGAAGAAGGCGCAAGCAUUGCUCAAUUCUCGCGUCAAAGGAUCUGCCGUUACCGGUGUCGUCACGGAUGCGCUCAACCGUCUUGUAGUGGUCAGCACCAUGGAUGGUAAGCUCUCGUGGUACGACUUUGGCUCGACUGAGCUGCUGCAUCGCACCACGAUCUCAGCUUCAGGCAUCUCAUCGGUUCAGCUUGACCGAGACUCGAAUUUGCUUCUCAUCGUUUCCGACGAUCUGGUGCUGCGACUGGUGGAUAUCGAGACGCGCCGGGUGGUGCGUGAGUUUGUCGGCUUCCGCGGUCGAAUCCUCGAUGCAUGCUUUAGCAAUGAUGCACGAUGGAUUGUGACUACUUCGAUGGAUGCUGUUAUUCGAACGUUCGACAUCCCCUCUUCGCGCCUGAUUGACGCUUUCAAAGUGGCAAGCAUCGCUACCUCAGUCAGCUUUAGUCCGACGGGUGACUUCCUCGCAACAGCCCACGUCGACAGUGUCGGCAUCUACCUCUGGGCGAAUAAGACGCAGUUCUCGCCUGUUGCUAUGCAGGGUCUUGACGAGCUAGCUGAAGUUGUCGAAGAAGAGGACUCGAUUGCCGUCGCACUGCCCACCGUGCAAGGUGAUGUUGAAGACGCAGCGCUUGCCGAGUAUUCCGAAGCAAUGCGCGAAGUUGGCGAACCUGAGUUGCAACGAGUCUACACCUCACCACCUCAACUCGUCGACCCAUCACGCGAGGAAGGCGGCUUAGUAACACUCUCCACCAUGCCUCGUGCUCGUUGGAUGACCCUCAUCAACCUAGACACAAUCAAGCAGCGUAACAAACCCAAAGCUGCUCCCUCCAAACCCGAGGCAAACAGAGCACCUUUCUUCCUCCCUCAAACCGUCUCUGGUGUUGAUUUCAAAUUCGAUCCCACCGCUUCUACGUCCACUGAAACCAAAGGUGAAGAUGGAGGGUACAAGGGUGGAAAGAGCAACAUCUUCUCUUCGGGCGGUAUCAGCUUCAAGACUGAAUUCCAGGAGAGACUUGCAGCAGCAGAAGAGAAAGGUGAUGUCAAUGGUUUCUUUAUGUACUUGGAGACCUUGUCAACUCCUCAGCUCGAUGCAGAGAUCCGCGGCCUUACAGUGACGGAAGAUCUGGUGGCGUUUUUGGGAAUGCUGCUGAAGAGGUUGAAGCAGCAUCGUGAUUUCGAAGCUGUCCAAGCGCUUUUGGCCACACUGCUGAAGGUUCAUACGGAUUUGAUUUUGACUACGUUUAAUCCUGAAGAUGGCCAGGAUGGCGAGGAUGCUGAGGAUAAGGAUAUGGAGGACAAGGAGGAUGGUGGGUUCGGAGGUGCGGAUGAAGAGGAGGCGAAGCAGCUCAAAUUGGUUAUCAGGAAGCUGAUUCGUGUUCAAGUAUCUGAGAACAACAGAUUCAAUGGUUUGUUGGAUCACUGUUUGGGAACGCUUGCUUUCUUGCGUGGAUUGCCUAUGACCUGA